UUCGAUAACGUCAUCUUCCCGCGCCACGUCUGCUCUGUCACUCAAGCAAGGACAAGCGAAGUGAUAUGUAAUUACAUGAUUAUUUCUAUUAUUUUGACCCUGAAUAUGAGUUUAAAGUGAAACAACACACAGUGGGAAACAUGUCUGUGGCUUUAUCGCGCUGUCUCUGCAGGGUGUUAUCCCGACAGACCGCUCCGUCAAGCUUCCUGCUGGGAGAACAUCACCAUGCUGUACAGAGUCCUUGGUUUGCAUCAGUGAUGACACUGAAGACAUCUGCUCCACUGAGAGCGGAGCCCAAAAAGAAGAAGAAAGUGGACCCAAGAAGGGAGCAGAUGAUAAGAGAGAGGCUGAGAAAAAAGCUGAAGAAGCUGGAGAAGGUUCCACCUGAGCUCAUACCGAUAGAGGACCUCAUCACUCCAGCCAAAUGCUUGGAUGAAACAAGGGAACGCUCUGCACCAAGGCUGUCAUUUGAAGAAAGUGAGGGUCGAGCCCUUCUGCUGAAGGAGUGGUGUCGAUACAAACAGGAGCAGCACAUGGCUGAAGUGCAGGCUGUUAAACUUGCUCUAGAAGCACAGAGGGAGGCGCUGGAGGAGCUGAUGUUAGAGUCUGAGGAGCUGUACCAGGCAGCGCUGAAGCCAGACCCCCUUCUGUUUCCCUUCUCUCAUGAAGGUCCUGCCUACACACCGCCAAAGACCAUGCAUGAAGCUCCUGAUGGGAAAUACAACAACAUCACUAAAGUCUACACACAGUGAUGGACAGGGAUCAGCUGUGGGUGCAACCUUAUUUAGUGUGUGUCCCUGUUUGUACAUGAUUCAAUAAGUCGCAGCCUUUGAACAGCCUGCAUGUGUAGGUGUGAAGGACACUUUGCACCAUGUUUUUUCUUUCUUCAGUUGUACAGUCACCUCAGUUGUUUCAUUCAACAUUCAUGAAAAAUAUGUAUUGAGUUUUUUCUUGCACAUUCACAUCUCUGUAUAAAACAUAACGGAAGACAACAAAAAUAAAAAUGUACUUUUUUUAUUGA